CCCCAGGAAGGCAAGGUAUAAGAGGAUUCCCCGGAGAUCCUGGACCACAAGGCAAGAGGGGUAGAUCAGGAUUCCCAGGUUCAAUAGGAAUGAAGGGAGAACCUGGUCAAAAUGGUCAGACUGGAUCAAAAGGAAAUAAAGGAGACAUGGGUGUAGAAGGACCCAAAGGUAAUAUGGGAUUCCCAGGAGAUCCUGGAAUUAAAGGAGCUCAUGGAGUACCGGGUGUAGCAGGACCUCCUGGUGCAAAGGGUGAUACAGGAGACCCAGGAAGUCCUGGUCUAAUGGGCGAAGCUGGUCUACCUGGUCAACCUGGUCUCCCUGGUUUAGAAGGAAUUAUGGGAGAGAUAGGAUCACCAGGUGCUCCUGGUUCUCCAGGAGAAAAAGGAGAUCAGGGAGACCCUGGUAUGGAUGGGCUCCAGGGUCCACCAGGAAUCCAGGGAUAUGGAGUUAAAGGAGAUAAGGGUGAUAUGGGAGAUCUUGGACCCACUGGACCGGCAGGUCCUUCUGGUGAGCUUGGUCCAAUGGGCCCUCCUGGUGAAAUGGGUACUCCUGGUCUACCUGGUGCAAAGGGUGAAAGAGGAGAUGUUGGACCAAAUGGAGAAAUGGGUAUUGAAGGGCCAGAAGGACCAUCUGGUCCCAAAGGUGCUAGAGGAGUACCUGGUCGUAAGGGAGAGCCAGGUCCUAAAGGAGACCAGGGCAUAGCUGGGAUGCCCGGGACACCAGUCAAUGUUACCAGGAGAGGACCACCAGGUCUAUCUGAGGAGAGUCAUAUUAAUUGUACCUUUGUAAUGAAAGGAGAACCAGGAUCUCCUGGUCCAGCUGGUCCUAAAGGAGAAAGAGGGGAUCCUGGUCUAGAUGGAAUACCUGGACUGGAUGGAAUGAAUGGUCUAGAUGGUGAAAAAGGAGAACAAGGCUUAAAUGGAACCCAUGGCAUACCAGGUAUGACUGGUCCAAUGGGUCCUCCAGGAGAACCUGGUUUAAUGGGUCCACAAGGUCCUACUGGUCAACAGGGUUACAAUGGAACUGAUGGCAUGAUGGGAUUGCCAGGACUCCAAGGUGAAAUGGGUCUUCAAGGUCUUCCAGGUGAAAAGGGAGCUCCUGGUGAUUCUGGUCCAGUAGGGCCAAAAGGAGACCAAGGUCUUGUAGGACCUCCAGGAGAUAAGGGUGUACCAGGAGAUAAAGGAGAUAAGGGUGAAAUGGGAUUACAGGGUAUCCAAGGACCAGAAGGAUGGAAAGGAGAUGUUGGUCCUAGUGGAGCCAUUGGAUUACCAGGGAGCCCUGGACCACAAGGGAUCCAAGGAAUGACUGGAGAAAAAGGAGAAAUGGGUAUACAAGGACUCCAUGGAUUAAGUAUUAAAGGAGACAGAGGAGAUACUGGAUUAAAGGGAGAAGCGGGUAUCAAGGGGCAGAAAGGUGAAGAGGGUACUUUUGGCAAACCAGGCAAGAAAGGGGAGCCAGGAGCUGGGUCACCUGGUGCUCCGGGAUUAAAAGGAGAACGUGGUGAUUAUGGCCUCAAAGGAAACAAAGGGGAACCAGGCUUAAAUGGAAUACAUGGUAUAACAGGUCCACCUGGCCCACCUGGACCCCAAGGCAGAUAUGGUGUGGCUGGUCCUAAAGGGAGAACAGGUGAUAUGGGAUUGCCCGGUCCACAAGGUUCUAAAGGUACUUCCGGUGAUUAUGGUCCAAGAGGAGAAAAGGGACAAAAGGGUGAUCAAGGUCGACAGGGUAAGAGAGGUAAACGAGGAAACAAAGGAUUACCAGGAGCACCAGGUUUAGAUGCACCUUGUCCUGUCGGUUCUGAUGGUCUACCCCUACCUGGCUGUUUUCCUGCUGCAUAGCAUUAUGGGCAUUAUGACAUCAUCUGAAGUCAAAGGUCAUCAUAUCAUCACCAAACACCAACCCUUCAAGAGAGAUGUCUUGAUCAACAAACAAUACAACAUGUUAAAUAGAUGAUUCCUGUACAAUUGAUGCUUCUCCUUCAGCCGAGUGUUUCAUCAACAUUUUCAUUUGACAAGUCAGAUCUGAGAAUUUUCCUCAAUUUUUAUUGCGUGAAAAGCACAGUUCCUAUGGUAACUGUAACUUGUCAAAUAAAACGUCUGACAAUUCCUGUUAUGAAAUAUUCCCCAGACUGAGUUUGUUCAACCUCAAUCUCUUUGAAAAGUCUUUGUUUCUGAUAGCUCACCUUUGACCUUGAAUUCCAUGUUUCAAUAUUGAGCAGUGAUGCAGUAUCUUGAAUGAAUUAUUUCAAGCCAGAAUCUGAAUGCAUCUUCAAAAUAAAUUGAUAGUAUUGCAUGCUAUUUCACAAUAUAAUUCUGAAGGUUGCUUAAUAUUGUACUUUGCCAGCGCCAUUAGACGGCUGCGAUGAAUGCAAGGAAUGCUCCCCAUGGAGUGGAGCUUAUGCACUUUUCAUGCAGGAUUGAUGAAAUGAAUCCAAUGACCGGGGAUAAGAUAUGCUGUAGAGCGCUUUGAGCCAUUGUAGGAAAAGGGCUUUAUAAAACUAGCUAUUAUCAUUAUUAUAAAGCCCACCAAAUAGCGUUGUAUUCAUUACAAAUAAUCUGGACAUGGUUCAGAUUAGGAUAACCCACCAGAGCUAGAGGGAUAAUUUCUGAAAACUUGGGCUGAUAGAGCCUGCCUCUCACAGAAUUGAAGUGGUUAACAUCAUGUUUGACUGAAUGUAAAUUGAUAUCAGUCCUUCUUGGAUGAAAGAGGAAUAGAUGAUAUGAAUAUCAAAUGUCCUGACUGAAAUAUGAUUCUUGUUGGUUGCAAAAAAAAAAAUAAUUCAUUGAGUGACAAAGAGUGACUUAUAAGUUUUCUUUUUCUUUUUUCUGUUGUUACAGUUGCACAAUUUACUUAUUUACAGACUUCAAAAUUUGAUGACAUGAAAUGCUGCAUUCAAAUGUUCCCACAAAUCUGAUAUGAUUAGUUAUUCAAAGAAAAAGUAUCUGAGAAAAGUAUCCAUAGAAUGAGAAGACAAGGUUUAUUUUUCAUUUUCACUUUAGCACAACGCAUGGAUAUUGAUCUGUUGACAAUAAAUAGUUUGAAAAAACUUUAUAUAACAUGAAUGAUCUUUGAAUAAAAAUGUGUAAAGAUUACAUGUAAACUGGUCUUACAAAUUCUUCAUUAAUUGAUUUCAGACCGUGUAAUAUGUACCAUACAGCUUGACCAUACUUUAUAUGGAGGUGAAUGUAGCUGCAACCAACAAGAACCCAGGAUAUUUCUUUUGGGGAGUUUGUAUUAUAGAGAAUAUAUUAUUCAAUGAAUAAGUACUAUAAAAAAAGACUGAUUUUAAAAUGUCCUGUAUAUAUUGUACAGCUACUUAUAAAAAGCCUAGCAAAAAAAAUAUAUAGACAUCAAAAAAAUUCUUUUUUAUUGUUCUCUUGAAAUGUAUUCCAAGUAUUAUUCAAAGUGAAGUGAAUUUCAUGUGUUAUUUUAGUAUAAAUUAUGACAACCAGUGAAUGCCUGCCAUGUAUAUGUAAAUGUGUAUCAUAUAUUGUGAUUAUUCAUAUAGAUAUAUAUAGGCUGCUGAUAUGCUACUUUGAAUUUUGUUCCUUCUGAUGAGAUGAGCUGAAUGAAAGAAUAAUUCUCAAUUUAUUUAUUUUUAAACUGAUCAUACCGAACAUUUCCCCCUUUUAAGGGUAAGUUUUGCAAAGUAUGUAAUUUACCAAAGACAUAUGAUAUAGGACACUACAAAUAUAAAGCUUGUCAAACCAUGUGAUUAGUGAGUUGUGAUACAUUUGAAGUUUAUAAAGAAAGGUUUUGAUACAACUUUCCUGAUUUCAAAUGAACCAGGAAUUGGAUUAUGGGCCUCUUAAUUACAUGAAUAAUGCUGUACUCUUGUAAGACUAGAGAUGCAAAAUGGACAUUUAAAUGUUUUGGUAUCUGCCAAUAAAUGAUAUAGCUUACCUCAAAAGAGGACACAUGAAAAAAUAUGUUAUAUUGCCCUCAUCUGACAGACCCUAAAGUGCAGAAAAAAGAGGGUCACAUUUCCCAAAGUAUUCCCAAAAUUUACAAAAUCCAUGUUUUUGCAAGAAAAUAUCAGAUUUGGUAAAAUUUGUAUUCACUGGCUUAAACCUAUAUAGCCCCCCCCCCCCCCCCCCCCCCGAUGUUGGCUGUUGAUCGCACUAUCGUGAAAAAAAUAGGCAUGUACGUUAUCCAUGACGUAAUCUAAUUCAAUUGCCAAUUGUACCAAAAUAUUUCCAAUUUAUUUAUUUAUUGGUAUAUAUGCACAAAUAACCCACAAACUGUUAGAUUUUUGUUUUGAAACUCUUCUAAGGAUUAUUAUUUCACAUUGUGAACAUUUUUGAGGGGGAGGGCUGUUUUGCACCCCUCCUCCCCCGAUUUGAUAGGGUUUAAUAUGUGUUUUAAAUUUUUGACUGCAUGAAUAUAUAAUUCCAUGCAAGAUUUUUCUUUUUUGCAACACAGCAGCAAAGGUGUUUAAAAAUAGACCAACCCAACUUUCUGAUUUUUGGCUUAUGAGGGCAACAUAACAUUUUUUUAGACCUAAGAUCUCCGGUAUAAAUUGACAAAUAUAAAAAUGUGCUUUUCUUUUGUUCUUCAACUCCUGAUACAUGUUACAUUGAAUCACUUCAUUUGCUGCUAAAGAGAUGGAAUAAAUGAAUUCUUUUUAAGUUUUGAUUUGUUUAUAUUUGUGUUCAUACUUUAUCUUCAUUUUGAAUUCUUGUUCACCAUUUGCUAUAUGUAGUAUCAAAUGUGUACAUAUUGCUUUAAACUUGUAUAUUCUUAAAAACAAAUGUAUAGAUCUUUUUUUAUUUAUUCAUCAUCAGAAUUUAUGUUUGUUUGACGUACACCUUUUGAUUUCCUUUUCUAAAUUUAUGUGCAUUUAACAAAAAGAAUAGCCUUUCAUUUUGAAAGUUGAAGAACAAAUUACUUGAAUUAGAAAUAUUGCUGACCAUUGCUUUGAUUCCCACUGUUUGGAAUUGCAAAUGAUAUUAAUCAUUAAGAUGAAGAAUCAUAUGUAUGAUAUUCAUGAAGUAAAUAUGAUAUGUGUUGAUCUGAUACAUGAAUUUGAUUGAAUACUACAUGCAUUCUACAAUAAGGUUUUCAUAUACAUGUAGAUUUAAUUAAAAUGCCUGAUAUUUUGUAAAUAAUAAACUUAAUAAGGACAAUGCCUUUAUAUUAUACUUGCCAAGUUUCUAUUGGGUUUUGAACUUUGUUUAUAAAAAUCCCUAAGUAUUGACAGAUUGCGAUGUUUUUCAUGUACAUGUGGAUGUCUUUAUGUAUGCCUAUGCAAAUGUGUUGUCCAUUUUAAUUGUAAUAUAUGUUACAACAUCCUCAUGAAACUGGUUUAUUAUUUUUUUUAUUAUCAUUGGUACUAUUAUUACUGUUAUUAAUAAUUAUAUUUUUGUUAGUAUGGUAGAAUCAUAAAUAAUCAGAAAUAUAGUUUUAAUUUUUAUUAUGAUUAUUAUUAUUGUUAAUUUUCUUAUUAACGAUAUCAUUAUUGAUAUUAUUGUUGUCAUUGUUAUUACUGCUAUUAUUAUGUAUAACUUUCCUUAACUGGUCUGUAUAACUUUGUGAAUCUUGUAAAUAUACUAAUUUCAAAUCACUUGAGAUAUUUUCAGAUUUUAGAAUUGACCUUUGUGAAAUUGGGAGCAUUUCAAGGAGCAGUAUUUGUUCUAAAGUUCUGAAAUCCUUGCAUCUGAUUGGCUCAGAGCAAAUUUGUCAGUCAUUGACAAGAUGAUUCAUGAAACUUUUCCAAUUUCACUACUUAUCAACUGUGUUUAAAAGUAUUACCAUUAUUUUUUGUGUAUGUCAAGGAAUUUCACUUCAGUCAUGAACAUAAAUCAAAAUAUUUAUUUUUAAAACUGUUGCUUCCUGUCAUUAACUAGCAUUUGUUCUUAUUUAUUUGUAAAUAUGUUUAUAAACUUAAAUGUAGAGACAAACUUUAUGUAAGAUGGUUGUCAAAUGUUGCCUUGACUAAACAGUAAACCUAAAUAGACAGUGAGGGUUGGUGUAAAUCCACUUCAAUAUUAAUUAGGCUUUAAUAAAAGUAGAAUAUAGGAGAAAUAUAUAUUCAUGAGGUUUGAGGAAAAUCCAUGAAAAGAAUAAAGCUUGAUUGUCCAUUUUGUGCUAUCAUAUGCUAGCUGCUGCCCCAUAUCAUUCUACAAAUUGCAGUAUUAAAGUGUUUUGUGAUGACUAAAUCUUUGUUCAGAGAAGCAUGCUUG